GUUGAUAGUUCAGCAAAUGAAAUGGCGACAUUACCCCCAAGGAAAAACGCGACACCUACAAAAAUAUCAAGACAGUAUCUAUCACCAUUGCAAAUACUAUUGCAGAUGGGAUUUCCCAAACAUAGAGCGGAGAAGGCAUUAGCAGCAACCGGCCAUAGAGGUGUUCAGCUUGCAUCUGACUGGCUGCUAGCACAUGUGAAUGACCCGACACUGGAUGACAAUAGCCCACGAGAGUACAUAUUAUAUGCAUGCCCAACAGGCCCAUUCUUUGAACAACUGGAAAAUUUUUGGAAUUUGUCGCUUGCACAGUGUGGUUGGAAUGGUGCACACAGUUUCAUGCCUCAUAUAACAUUAGUUUCAUUUUUUAAGGCUCCUGAUGAAAGUGCCCAGCAGUUAGCACGAACUCUCAAGCAUGUUGUUGAACUGCAAAGAGUGAAUUUAAAGGAACCCUUGAAACUGGAAACGUAUGUCUCACAGAACUUCAUGGGUUUUUUUGUGCAUGAGGAGCAUGCUGAUAUUCUGAAAAGGAUUGCCCUGCAAUAUGUUAAAGAGGUGUCAAAUGCAAUCAUAAAUGAUAAUUACGAACACCUCGACGCACUGUCAGCUUGUUUUCCAUGGUGCACCACAGCUACUGAUAGAUAUGUUCCUCGUGGAGUCAAAUCAAAUGAUGGACGUGUUUAUAAGAGGCCAACAGCUGUCAGUAUGGAACCACACGUGAAGUCCUUACAUUUGACUCUGGCUUACCAGUUUUCUCCUACACAGUUCGGAGCAUUGAGAACUUUGGUAGAAAGCCUAAAUCCUUGUGCUCCUGGCAAUUGGGAAGUACGCCUGUACUCCAGGGACCCUCGGUUGUCUUCGAAACAGGUUCACAAAGUUCUGUAUCCACAUAUGCCACGUGAAUCUGAUGAACUUGAGCUCCGCAUUGGUGAUUACAUUUAUAUCAGCAGUGAAGCACUUGUUAACACACCAGAUGGUUGGGUUGAAGGCACUUCAUGGCUUACCGGAUGCACUGGAUUCUUACCUGAGAACUACACAGAAAGGACAGCUGAGUCAGAUGCCUGGACAUUGCACAGAACAGUUAGUCUUAGUGAAACAUCACUGCCAUCUCCCCCUGUGACAGAGCCGGAUGGAACAGUGAAAACCAUGGAUCCUUCAGCAGAUCCGCCUCAUAUAUUCUCUGAGUCUGUGACAGAUGCUACUAGCAGCUCCAAACCAUCAGAUGCAACCAGUGAUUCUGGUGACGAGAAACAUACUGAGGAUGGAGUGGUUUGUACAAGUGCAGAGUCAGAAGCAGCCUCUGAGGUAACGAACAGUGAACCACGCCACCUGUAUAUUGUUCGUCAUGGGGAGAGAAUUGACUUUACAUUUGGAACAUGGAUCCCAUACUGUUUUGAUGAACAAGGUAAAUAUAUUCGCAAAGAUCUCAACAUGCCACAGUUAGUCCCAGCUCGAAGGGGUGGACCACAAUCGUUUUUCAAAGACUGUCCCCUUACAUGUGUUGGGGAACUACAAGCUAAGCUAGUGGGAGAGGCAUUACGAGGUUCUGGAGUUCAAAUGAAGCAUGCAUUCUCAUCACCUUCCCUUCGCUGUGUGCAGACUUGUGCUGGUGUAUUAAGAGGGCUUGGACAAGAAGAUAAACUGCCUAUAGCAAUUGAACCUGGUCUCUUUGAGUGGUUAGCAUGGUAUCCCGAUUCUCUUCCUGACUGGAUGACUAUCGAGGAAUUACAAGCAGCAGGUUUUAAUAUCUGUGCAAACUAUAAGCCACUUAUACGUGUAGAGGAACUGCAUGACCGACAAGAGAGUGUUGAACAGUUUUAUAUGAGAAGUUUUUAUGUAGCACAAAGUAUCGUGAAAAGCACUGCUGAUGUUGGAGGAAAUGUUUUGCUAGUAGGACAUGCAGCAACACUUGAUGUCUGUUCCCGUCAGCUGACAGGAUGUGCACCUAGAAAUCGUGCUGAUAUGACUCGUUUGAUACAGAAGAUACCAUAUUGUAGUACAGCUACAGUUCGUGAGGUCAGCGCUGGAAAAUGGGAACUAGAUGAACCACCAAUACCACCUGUUACACACUCAAAUAAUAUGCGCUUUGAUUGGAAGGCGCUUCUUUCAUAACAGUCACGGAUACUGUUCUAGUUCCUGGUGAUAAAAGCAUUGUGUAUGUUGUAUGUAUUAAGAGGUUUGGACUCUCUUUUGUGAGCAUACUCUGCAUAUGUUUCGGCAGCUAGCACUACCAAAGUUUUACCCCCUGAAGUCAUAUGGUAAUGUGAACUAGUCUGUUUUGCUGACAAGGCACGCAAGCACCAUGCCAAAGGUGUUCCCAAAUACAAGACCAUUUGUGUAUUAUUUAUAUAAUUUCUUGGACAAUAUUAAUAAAACAUUAUUUUUUAAAUAAUAUUCUGUUAAACUUAAUUAAUAUAUUUUAAUAUUACAGUUACAUAUCUGUUACUUAUGGAUACAGGAUUUUUGAAAUAUUAGUGGGCUGGCUAUUUAAGAUUCAAUAUAUUUUUAUACAUGUUGUUUGUUCAUAUUGUUUAGAUAUGUAGCAGGUACUGUAGCUUGACAGAAGGUUAUAUCCAGUAGUUAGUGACUUCUGGUGAUUAAUGUCACUGAGAUAUGGGAAUUGAAUCGCUGCAUCUCCACCCUUAAAUUUUUGUGGCUAAACGGUCUUGGUUCUCCUUAUGCCAGUCAAGAAGCUGCUUUAAUAAAGAGCCAAGUGCAUUAACACACAUGUAGCAGAAGAGAGGUUAGACACGUACAUUUUUCAUUCUCUUUUUAAUUAUCUUUUGUAACUGAAUAAGUGAACAUUAUGGAAAGUCAUUGUGACAGUUCAGUUUUAAACACAGGCACAACUCGCUUGAAGGUAAAUUUUAUAGCUGUUUUCAAAUGUAGCCUGCCCCACCGGUGUCAAAGAGGCUUUUAGUUCUCAUUUUUAGUGGAUUAAUAUCAUAAAAUUCUCUCAAAACACUACAUCUUAUAACCUAACAGUACCAAUCAGCUUGUUAUAAAUAGUAAUGAUACAGCUUCUCCAGUUUUGUUUCUACACACUUAUGUGGCAGCAUUUUCAAGUCAGGAAGUUUUUAAGAUAAUAUAUGUAUAUACUUAUUUUACUCUUGUAAAUUGAAAUCUCGGAGUACUUAAUAUUUUACUAUUAAUGAAUGAAAUAUCUUCAAGACAUCUAUCGGUAUUACAUGUCGGUGAUGGAAUUAUUGAUGAUUUAAUUUGUCACUUUCACUUUACUUGCUGUCCACUUAAUGACCUUUUGGGUUUGGUAAGGCAAUUGUGGACUGAAUAUGUGCUGCAGUACACCAUUUAGUUUGUGUAGCAACUACUUCUUGGAUAUAUGUGGACUUCGUGAAAAGAUUCUGCCAAAAAGCUAUUUGUAAACACUAAACUUUUCUGUCACUCCAUUAAUAUAGACUGAGGCCAUUGAUGAGCUGAUUUGCACAGAAAUAAAUUUGGAAGACACCAUAUUCUAAAAGGCAGUGGAACAUGAAAAAAGUGAAGAUGAAUUUCUUCCAUUAAAUGUUUGUGCAGUGAAAUUCAGAGGCAAUAGUUUCUGAUAUUUAAAGUGACAUUUUGUUGUUACAAACAGUGUUGCACUGGGGUACCGAAGAAAAUUUUUGAUUGUGUUGAUUUCCUAGCAGUUAUUCUUUAAUUUUAAUUAAAAUUGCUCAUGCUUUAGUACAACACACAAAUAUUUAUUUAUUAAUGUUGUCACAACAGUAUUUUAGUUGUCAAAAGAAAUUUGAAAUAGGUUUCUGUAAGUACAAAUUUAGUUGAAGUAACACUUAUUUUAAGAAUUCUGUGAUUGUCUGUUAAGAAGGGAUUUAAGUGUGCAAUGCAAUUAUAUUUCAGGAAUGUCAUUAAAUGUGAUGGGAUGUACGGUCUAACAAAGAUUUGAACAGGAUAAAACUGUGUGCUGGACUGGGAUCUUUGCCUUCUGUAGCCAAGUACUGCUCUGGUUGAGCUAUACAAAAGUAUGAUUCACAACCUGCCCUUGUAGCUCCACAUCCACCACUACCUUGUCUCCUAUCUUCAAGACUCACUGCUGUGAAAAUUUUUGAUUAAUCAUGUUGCUUUAUUAAGGAGUAGGUGCUACAGAAAUAGUAAGACUGGUAAUAAAUGAACAGUCAACUGGUAAAUUUUUCAUACAACUGGACACAGCACAUUAAUAAAUAAUCUUCAGUGAUUAAUGGCAUUCCUGAUGAACUUAAUUUUUAAUUUGCAUACACCAACUCCUUCACUAAAUGUCUUGAUACUUACCUUUUUUCAUUAUAUGAUUUGUACAAUAACUUAGCACAUUCCGUUGAGAGUAAUAAGUGUCUUAAUUAGAUUUCUUUUAACUAGAGAAUAAACUUUAAUUCUUGUCUGUGUGGGAAAUGGAACUUACCUGUCCAGGCAGAAGUUACAUUUCUGUGACUCUUGUAAGCAGCUGAAUAAUGGUUAUGCCCUAUUGACCAUGUUAUCCCUUAUUAAGUACAUGUUUGAGAUGUAGUAAAUUUGAACAAAAAUGACAGAUUAAACGGAAAGGAACAUGUAUGACAGUAUGUAUAUGUAAUUACCAAAAUUUCUUGUAAUUCCAUUUUAUUUUUCUUUGAUGGAAUGUUGUCAUGCAGAGUUUCAAGAAAUAUGUACUGGAGUCAGGUUCUUAUGACUGGUACAGCAUUGUAUGAUUUUUUUAAAUGAAUAUUUUUCUUCUAAUUAAUAUUUUGAAGAGAGAAUGGGUUUUCUAUUGCUCAGCUAUUAAAGAUUUUUCUUGUAUCAAUGAAUAUUUUACAAUACAAUGUGAAAAAUCAUGGCUGUGUUGCAAGUUAUUGCUGUAAUUGCUUUCUAUUUUAACAUACCAUUAAUAGUGGUAAUAUAUUAUUCAUGUUGUGCUCAAUAUUGUAUAAUUCAGACUGACAUCCUCCCAAAGAUGAAAUAUAUGUAUAUUUUAACAGUUGUUACCUGUACGUAUACACAAUGUUUUACAGAUGUGUUCAAUAAAUGCUACUUCCAUUGAA